UAAUCGGCCUCGCCUCGUCUCGUCUCGUGUAUGGGGCCAUGAAUGGGCUAUCCAUGUGUUGUUAGGUGAUGGUGAUGCGCUUUGGUUUAAUUAAUUGUAAUUGUAAACAGGUACCACAUGUCUGUCAUAUGAUUGUGUGAUGCAUAGCAUCGGACAGGCACUGAUGUGGUUACUGAUGCUGAUGUCAUCUGAGGCUUCACGAUAAAAAAAUUUCACUCGUUGUAACGUGUCCCUUCAGUUGAAACGCACGCAUGCAAAUUGCAGUCGGCUACAAAAAGAGUGGGGAGUGGUGGACACGAGUAGUUUCAACAAACACUUAUUGAGAUAUUUCCAAGAGAUGCCUCCUCCAUUGCCAGAGAGGGGUUGCAAUCCCAGAGGUCAUUCUGUACAGAUGCUGGAGCGCUCCCGUCACUUGGCACAUGCAUAUGGACCCAUCUUCUUGGAGUACUCCUUGAUGUCAGAAUACUUGAUUCUCCAGAAGCAGCAGAUAUCUGGUGUGUACGUAAUGCCAUCUUCCGGCUCAGCUCUGAAGUGGUUUGGAGUUCUGUUCAUACGCCAGGGCCUGUAUCAGGGUGGUGUGUUUAGGUUUACUUUAUACAUCCCUGACAACUACCCCGAUGGAGACUGUCCAAUACUUGUGUUUGAGCCAUCCGUUUUCCAUCCGCUUAUAAAUCCAGAAACUGGCGAGCUAGACGUGAAAAGAAAUUUUCAGAAGUGGAGGAGGAACGUAAACUUCCUGUGGCAGGUGCUUCUGUGUGCUAGACGAGCAUUUUACAAGAUUGAGACUCAGAUGCCUCUUAAUCAGGAGGCUGCUGCUCUGUAUGACUAUGACUUGGAGCAGUACAAGCUGGAAGUAGCCAAGAGCAUUGCCUUUUGUGAGCAAAAGCUUUACGACAGACCAGCAACAGAAGACAAACAUGCCUUCCACUUUUUACCGUGGGAUGAAGAUGUGAGGGAUUGCGUUGCCCAUAAACUUAUCCUUGAACGGGAAAAUACAGAUGAAGAGAGAGAAGAUAGUACUACAGGCAGCUCAGGUUUAUCCUGGGUAAAGUUGGGCUCACUGCAAGUGUUCUCAAAAGCAGUCUCCUGAUGUUCAGGUAGUAACAGAAGACCAACCGUCCAAUACGAUCCCUGUAAUUGCCUCUUUCCAUAUUGUUUUACUGUCUGUAGCAUGAGCAUAAUUCUAUUACACCAACAUCAUUGUUUAUGCACCUACUUAGGCUUUACGAGUCUCUGGCUCAUGUAAGGUAAUGUGUGAAUAACAAGAGAGGGAAAUAUGCACUCAUGCUUACUAGCGGAUCUGUAAUCUUUAAAAACCUGUAUGUGGGGAACAUUAACAAGAUAACAUACCAUAUUAUGGUUCAUUCCUCGGCAUACCAGAAUAUGAGGAUAACCAGCAUGCUGGAGAAACCCAUAUUUUCCUGCAGGCUGAGAUAUGUGAUCAGAGGUGCGAUUUUAAAAAUCUGUUCCACCUCGCAAAAGCGUGCAUGCCGAGAAAUACAUGGUACACAGCCCAGGCCGGAAAACACAGUAUAAAUUCUAUUUAUCGAGUUGUAAAUAAAUCACUUGCUGGACGAGUUGAAUUUGUUGUCUUGUCAUGUGUCAUUCACACUAGAACUUCUGUUAUGCCUGCAUUUAUGCCACUCUGUUGUAUUAAAGCUGCACCUUUUGGUUUGUUGCAUUUGCUGUUCUGUGGAAUAGCAAUAAAGCCUAAUUUGAGUAA